AUGGCCAAGGAAAGGAACCUCAAAAAGUCCUUUCAAGACAGUCUUGAAGACAUAAAGAAACGGAUGAAAGAGAAAAGGAAUAAAAACUUGGCAGAGAUUGGCAAACGAAAGUCUUUUAUAGCUCCACCAUGCCAAAUAAUCACCAACACUUCUACAUUGCUGAAAAACUACCAAGACAACAACAAAAUGUUAGUUUUAGCUUUGGAAAAUGAAAAAUCCAAAGUGAGAGAAGCCCAAGAUACCAUCCUACAGCUGAGAAAACAAUGUUACUACCUCACAUAUCAGUUAUAUGCAUUGAAAGAAAAACUUACUUCACAACAAACAGAAGAACCUGCUCAGAAUCAUGAAGUAAGUUCCUCUGGAAUAGACUGCAAUAGUGGCAGCAAUGCCGGGGAUUUAUCUGCAAAGGAUUUACCGCAAGCCCCUCUUCAGGAAGCUCACUCUCCAGGACAAGGAGAAUCAUUCCAAAUAGAAGAGCAAAUACCUACUAUUCCUCACGACAGAAUGGGAUUUGAUUUGGAUUCAGGUGAAGAUAAGCCUGCUGAUAAUAUCUUACCUAGAACGGUAUCUCUCCGUCGCAAUCUAAAGAAACAGUUUAAUAAUCUCUGCCAAAUCACCACCUUGGAUAAUUUUGAAAUCAGACCUAUGUCAGAGCCAUCUUUUGGACUGGAAACAAUUAGAUUUGCAGACCCACUAGUAAACAUGCACAUAUCUGAAAAUGUAGAACAAAGUGCUUGUCAAUGGAACAAGGAUCAAAUUAACCUAUCACCAAAGCUGGUUCAUCCAGAAAGUUACACGAAAAUCAAUGAAGACAUUUUAGAGAAUAAAUCUGAGCAAACUAAAAAUAAGCAUAGAGAUGCACAAAGAAGAAAAAGAGAAGAGAAAAGAAGAGCUAACAGAAGGAGAAAAUCAAAAUUUGUAUCUAAAUAUAAAGGCAGCAAAAAUAAAAUUAAAAAACCUGUUUCCAAAACAAAGUUGGAUGAUUUUAUCACUUCCAAUGAUGCUUACAAUUUUAAUUCAGAAGAAUGUGUUCAUCUUACUCCUUUCCGACAAAAAAUGGGCAAUGAUUGUAAAAGAGAAGAAAACAGCAAUGUAUUCGAAGUGAGCAGCUGUGAAUCAAGCAGUUCUGGGGAUGAGUCUGAUGACCUCUAUUUGCCCAAUUGCAAGUACAGUCCAAGUCUUGCCAGUGACUCAUAUAGGAGCCCAGUCACCAGGCCUCGAUCCAAAAGGGCACUAAGGUGUAAGGAAGAAAAAGAAGGAGAGGGUUCUCAGCCAACAAAAACUCCUACCAGUGCACUACCUGAAACUCACCAGUCACCUCACUGUAGCCUGAAGGAUAUCACCAAUGUCCCCUUGCAUCCUGAAGUGAAAGUGAGAAAACUUUCUCUUUCUCCAAAAAAGAAUAAAGAAAGCCCAGCAGUGUCUCUGCCUAAGCGUAGGUGCACAGUCAGCGUGAACUAUAAGGAACCCACACUCGCUUCGAAACUAAGAAGAGGAGACCCUUUUACAGAUUUAUGUUUCUUGAAUUCACCUGUUUUCAAGCAAAAAAGGGAUUGCAGACGGAGUUCUAAAAAAAAAAGUAUAAAGAAAAUACAAUGA